AUGGUCAGAAAAGCUAAUUAUAUUUUCCGUAUAAGCAAGACAGGAGCCUCAACACAUGCAGCAGCCCAGCACUCCGGUGAGGAUCGCCAUGUUAACACAUCCCAGCCUGAGCCCUCCCUGCAAAAUGCAGCAGCCCACCUCUGUGCAAGCACAACAGCCCAGCACUCUGGUGAGGAUCGCCAUGUUAACACAGCCGUGAUUGCAGUUGUAUGCCAUGACACCCUUAACUCAUGUCCUUCCUCAUUUGUCUGUCUAUUAGCUCUCUCAGAUAAUAGAGUUCCCACACCUGCAUCCGUGACAGAGACCCACUCCCAGCAAGCUUUGCCUCCUGACUACCCUGCUGCCGAACUCAAAACUGAGCAUCAAGAAGACGAGCAGGACUUUGAGUCUGGGAAAAAGCAGCCCGAUCUCAAGAUGGAGGAUGAAGAUGUCAAACCUCCUCAAGUUAAAGAGCAACCAGAGUCUGUAGAAGCUAAGCAGGAACAGAUGGAGAUGGAGGAGAAGAAACCAGAGACAAAGACCGAGCCAAAAGAGGAGGAAAUGCCCAGCACCAACAGCACUGCACCAUCAGCUUUUCCUACAGAACCAAAGCACUUUUUGCAUUUUGAGGAGAUUGAUGGAGUCGAUGUGUGUUUCUUCGGCAUGCACGUUCAGGAAUAUGGAUCUGAUUGUCCCUUUCCCUACCACCAGGUAUCAUGCAAAUACUGA